AUGGUCGCCCCAUGUACUGCUCAGAUGGACUCCUCAGUGCACAAGUGCGACACAUCGGAUGCCGAGGCGGAUGUUGUGAACGCGUUCGCGACGUCCGCGGGCUCGCCGAGCGUCGACGAAGAUCACACCAAACGGGAAGCUGAGGUUUCGAGUAAUGGGACGGCCUCGAGCUCGUCGCCGACGAGCGGCGGAUCCUCGACAUUCCCCCCGCCACGGUCUAUGUCGUGGGACGAUGACGACCAAGCGCCAUCAUCAUCGACGAAGGACGAUCCUCACAGUCCAGGACAGAAUGAAUCCAUGGGAGUUCAUCAUCAGCAGGAUUCGGAGAUGGAGGAUGUUGAGGAUCACGAUGAGGAAGAAGCCGACGACGAUCCGAAACCGCUUUCUCUGACUGUCGUCAAGAACGAAUGUGAAAUAACUACGGGGAGGGAAAUGCCGGCCCCGGUGGCUUUGACGAAAAACGGGGCUCCUAAUGGUCAUCAUCUCAAGCAUCGGAGCAGUCCGAGACCAACCUCGAGUUCGAGUUCCAGGUCGUCCUGCUACAGUCCCUCGCAAAGUCCUCUUCUCCAGCGAGCAGCGGGUCAAAUGUACGCCGGCGGACCCACAGCGAAUUCUGUGUACUCUCCUUCAAGUAGUCCUGGCGUCCAUAUGAGGAACCUGACCAUGGGCUCGGGCACCUCGGUCGAAUCGUCUCGGAACUCCGCAACGCCAACACCCCACGAAGCCAAUCCCCCCUCAUCUACUCCAGGACACUUGUUCACAAUGGGGGAUUUCGCCGCUGCAGCUUUGAAAGUCGCUCAGGCUCAAGGUGUCAUAAUGAGCGGCGGCGGAAUGUCCUCUACGGCUUCAUCGACGUCUGAUGAAAGCAACGACUACGGAGGAAUGCACGGCGCCCCCGGUGACUUGGACGCGUUCCCGACGGCUCUAUUUAAUGCCGCGGGUGGUUUUAGUCGGCAACAACUUCUAUCGGGGCCUUGUCCGAUAUGUGGUGAUAGAAUCUCUGGUUUCCAUUACGGAAUCUUUUCAUGCGAGUCUUGCAAAGGCUUUUUUAAGCGUACUGUGCAGAACAAGAAACACUAUGUCUGUCUCCGCGGAGGCAACUGUGCCGUGCAAGUUGCCACGCGCAAAAAGUGUCCAGCCUGUCGCUUUGACAAGUGUCUCAAGAUGGGCAUGAAACUCGAAGCUAUUCGAGAAGAUCGUACCAGAGGUGGCCGCUCCACAUAUCAGUGUUCGUAUGGAUUCCCCUCGCUGACAACCCCACCCCACCCAGGACUUCCGUCAACGCCGUCCUCAGACGCCCCGUCGUCGAACGCGCGACCGGCUUCUGCGCAGGAUAAUCGAGAUUCUGUGCACCAACCAAUCGCUCUCGUGCAGAAAUCCAAUAGCGUGAAGAUUGCCCGCACCUCAUCUUCCAGUGUGAUCACAUCUUCGGAGCCUCGAGUGGCUUCGGCAAUAAAACAUAGCAAUGGUUCUCUUGCCGGCCUCGUUGGAGGUCUAGUGGACUCGUCUCUGGGCUACUCGCCAUCGCUUGUGACCUCACUCCUGAUGUCGCCGCACAAUCUCAGCUUGGACAACGGAAACCAUAAAUUCUCACACGGCGUGGCAGCCGGUGAAUCCAACGGUAACAGUAACGGUCAUGGAGGCAGGAGAGAUUCAUCCGGGAGCUCUGGCGGUGCUACCCUACCUCCUGAAGAUGCCGCUGUUAACGAUGCUGGGAUUCCUUCGCUGAUCCAGGACAUUCUUUCCGUUGAACACCUGUGGCACUACACCGAAAAGGAAAAACAACAGCACCUGCGCGAAAAAGAGAACGACGCGAGCUCUGACGGUCAGAUGUUCAUAAAACAAGAAGAAGCUAUGGCGAUGGACGACUCUUCUCCCCCGAAUGGAGCGACAACCGAUCUGCUCAGCUCGUUGUGCAAUAUUGCGGAUCAUCGAUUGUACAAAAUCGUCAAAUGGUGCAAGAGUCUGCCACUGUUCAGAGACAUUACCGUCGAUGAUCAAAUAGCUCUCCUAAUUAACUCGUGGUGCGAACUCCUACUGUUGUCCUGUUGCUUCCGCUCUAUGGUCACGCAGGGUGAACUUCGCGUUUCUCGGGGUCGAAGCGUAACUCUCCACCAGGCCCAGCAAUGUGGUAUGGGGCCCGUCGUGGAGAGAAUGCUGAACCUCACCGAACAUCUUCGUAGACUUCACGUUGAUCACUGCGAAUUUGUCUGCCUCAAGGUCAUUGUGCUGCUCACUUCGGAUGCUUCUGGUCUCAAGGAAGCGGAGAAGGUUCGUGUUUGUAAAAAACAAGUGCUUGAAGCUCUGCAAUCGUAUACUUCAAAUCACUAUCCAUCGAACGCAGCCAAGUUUGGCGAGCUCCUCCUCUGCAUUCCUGAACUCGAGCGCGCAUGCCAGAUCUCCAAGGAGAGCCUUGCGGCUUCCCGACAAGCCAAGAGCAGGGGCGAUGCGGCACCAGGUUUUAAUCUUCUCAUGGAGCUACUCAGAGGAGACCAUUGA